UUCUCGCGAGAUGUAGAGUGCCUGCAGCCAGCCUCUCUAGAGGGGCGGAGGCCCAGAGGAGUACCACGUGGGGGCUGCCUGAGCUGAAUUUCCGACGGGCGUCCAGUUUGGCUCUAUCUAGGUGGAAGCUGGAGCUGUGGAGAUGCGGAAGGAAACCCCGCCUUCCCUAGUGCCCCCGGCGGCCCGCGAGUGGAACCUUCCCCCUAAUGCGCCCGCCUGCAUGGAGCGGCAGUUGGAGGCUGCGCGAUACCGGUCGGAUGGGGCGCUCCUGCUGGGGGCCUCCAGCCUGAGUGGCCGCUGCUGGGCUGGCUCCCUCUGGCUUUUCAAAGACCCUUGUGCCGCCCCCAACGAAGGCUUCUGCUCGGCUGGAGUCCAGACGGAGGCCGGAGUGGCUGACCUCACUUGGGUCGGGGACAGAGGUAUCCUAGUGGCUUCUGAUUCGGGUGCGGUUGAAUUGUGGGAGCUGGAUGAGAAUGAGACACUCAUCGUCAGCAAGUUCUGCAAGUAUGAGCACGAUGACAUAGUGUCUACAGUCAGUGCCCUGAGCUCUGGCACGCAAGCUGUCAGCGGUAGCAAAGACUUCUGCAUCAAGGUUUGGGAUCUCGCUGAGCAGAUGGUACUGAAUUCAUACCGGGCUCACUCUGGGCAGGUCACCAGUGUUGCUGCCUCUCCCCAUCAGGACUCUGUGUUUCUUUCCUGCAGUGAGGACAGCAGAAUUUUACUCUGGGACACCCGCUGCCCCAAGCCAGCAUCACAGAUAGGCUGCAGUGCCUCUGGCUACCUUCCUACCUCCCUGGCCUGGCACCCUCGGCAGAGUGAAGUCUUUGUCUUUGGAGAUGAGAAUGGGACGGUCUCCCUUGUGGACACCAAGAGUGCACGCUGUGCCCUCCGCUCGGCUGUGCACUCCCAGUGCGUCACUGGGCUGGUGUUCUCCCCACACAGUGUCCCCCUCCUGGCCUCGGUCAGUGAAGACUGCUCCCUCGCUGUGCUGGACUCUGGCCUUGCUGAGGUGUUUAGAAGCCGAGCUCAUAGAGACUUUGUGAGAGACGCUACGUGGUCCCCGCUCAGCCACUCCCUCCUGACCACCGUGGGCUGGGACCAUCAGGUCAUCCACCACGUGGUGCCCACAGAGCCUCUGCCGGCCCCUCAGCCUAACAGUGUUGCUGAGUAGAUUGGAUUUAAGACAGAAAGCAGAUCCCCCAUGAGCAGACACUCCUUUCGCCCCUACCCUGUCAGUCAGUGGGACAACACAGAGCCUUUUGCAGUAUGUUGAUGGCACCAGAUCUGCAGUUACUGGGCAUGUCUCCGCUCGGGGGUGGCAGGAUUCUGGGAUCCUGUUGUCAUAGGGAAGAAAAACACUUUUGAAAAUGGAUAUGUACGUAUGUCUGAGUGUGUGUGUGUAGAUACAUAGUUUUAGGUGGUGGGGGGCAAUAAAAAACCCAUUCCCACAUCGUCCCCGAGGCCUACCCAGUCCCCCAAAAACAGUUCACAACAGGGUUCUAUGCUUCCCAUGCAGCUGUGAACGAGGAUUGGCUGUGUCUGGAUGAGGUAUGGGACACGGGAGUUCCUGGAUCCUCGGAAGCAGCUCAUAUACUCCUCGUAGAGAUAGGAGCAACUUAAUAUUUUUAUGGAGCUUUGUUGACCUUUAUCAUGGGCGUUGCUUCCAUUCGCAGAAAUCCAGCCCAACUCUCCUUGAGGAAGAGCCAGGACACUCACCACAGUUUUGUACAUCUUGCCAUUAAACUAAGUCAGAAAUCCAUUUUCUGGCCGAAAACAAGGGUGGCUGGUGCCCGUGUGGUGCUCCCCUCCCCCGAGCCCCACCCGCGUGCAGUUGUGUAUAUGAGAGAGGAGUGUUCUUCUGUCAUUGAUGCCAUGGAAAAAAGCUUGGGGAUGGUGGAGAGCUUCAAGGCAUUUCAGUUACAUCAAACACUGACACUGGCAGAGCAAUGUCUUCCACUUUUUCUACCUGAAAACAGCCUGGGGCCUGAUCUCCUACCUCUGGGCCCCUUUCUGUGGAUAUAGGACGUCUGAAUGCUGUUCUUUGUGGGCUCUGAAGAUUUUAAAUUGCAGCCUCAGAGAGAAUCGGAAAUACUGGCUGGUGAAAUAAAAAGUUUAGGCUUUGUUGGUC